GAAUUCUAAACAAGUGUGUGAACCUUAAAGGCUAUAAGAUGAUCUCUGAGCAGUCAGUGUUCCUGUCACUGUGGCUGUAAAUAUUGUUAAAAAGUUUAAUGCCUGUGAGACUGAAACCUCCCUGGAUAUGAGCAGGAGAGGAAAAUCACCCCCGGACUGAAGAGAGAGAGAGAGAGAGAGAGAGAGAGAGAGAAUAGCAGAGGAGAAAACAGCCAAGAGAAACUUUUCUAGAGAAUAAGAAGCUGGACUGAAGGUCAAGGUACAUUAGAGUCUGAUCAGAACAGGUCUAGGAGGACUCCAGAAGAAAACACACACUGCAAUUUACUGAAAUGGAAAUUGAGAAGCUGCAGUACUUCUGAGAGAUGAGACCAAACUGGAGAUUUGGGGUAAAUCUCAUUAGCUUGAGAAGAUGAAGGCUACAGAGAGGUUCAGAAUGUCGGAGGCUCUGACACAACAGGAGAGACUACAGGCUAUCGCUGAGAAGAGGAAGAAGCAGGCUGAAAUAGAGAAUAAGAGGAGACAGCUGGAGGAUGAGCGCAGACAACUACAACACCUAAAGUCGAAGGCUCUGAGGGAGCGCUGGUUGUUGGAUGGAGCACCCUCCAGUGGAGAAAACGAGUUUCAGAGACAGCUGCAGGAAGACGAGGCUAAAACCCUGGGCCUGGAGCAGAGCGUUCUCAGGUUGGAGCAGGAGAUUGAGGAGCUGGAGACCGGAGUUCCUGCGUCUGAGUCCAGCACCGACGUUAUUAACACGUCUGAUGCUCCUGGAAAAGUGGAGAACGGCGUCCCUAAAACCAGACAGGUGACUGGCAUUGAGGCGAAGCUGGAGUGCACAAAUUUAGACGCGAAGGCCAUUGAGAACGCCAGCGCUGACCACCCGGUCACAAUGGUGUUCAUGGGCUACAAAAACGUGGAGGACGAGGACCAGACCAAGAAGGUGCUGGGCAUCGAGGAUGCUGUGAAGGCAGAGUUCGUUGUCAUCGAGGACAGCGAAAACAAAGCAGCCACAGAGGACGGAAAAAACGAAGAGAAAGCUCCCCUGAAUGGUGCCCCCUCCAGUCCGGACAACAAGAAACAGGACGAGGCCCCGAGCGGAGACGAGGCCAAACGGGACGAGGUCAAGAAAGAAAAGCAGCCAUGCAAGUGCUGCACCAUCAUGUGAGCAUGGGGGGGGGGUCUAAACUUUUACUCAAAAUAAAUACUAAAUAUUACAAAAAAAAAUACAAAAUCCAGAGAGGAACUGCUGACAACGCAGUAAUUCAUAUAAAUGUUGGAAAAAAUUACAAUGAACAUGAAAAACAUAUCAUUAAUGCUAUCGUAGUCGGAGUAUUGUUAACACAGUGCUAGCGAUGACAUCACUGCUGACAUCAUCGCUAGAGACAUCAUUAAUCACAUAAUGACAUCAUUCUUAGCAUUGUUGAUAAUGCUAACUGAAAUGAUAUCAUUGUUGGCCUUGAUAAUAAUAAUACCCUUAGCAUAGUUAUUUUUUCGCUAACUUCAGUCUUUUAUACGAAUAAGACAAAUGUGUGUUAAAGCCCACAUGCGAGGUCGAUCUGUCCGGAACAUCGGAAUGAUUAAAAAAAGACCCAGAAAAGCUGAAGUUACUAAUUUCACUUAGCAUUGGUGUGACAGCAAGGCUUACGUAUGUGAUAAUGCUAACAUUUUUAUUCUAAUGAUAAACUCACUAAACUCACUGUUAGCACUGCUUAUAGCAGCAGCAGCAUCACUGUUACUGCCAAAAACACCAUCUACUGCCAAUGAUGCUAAUCAGUAACUUUUAUAUCAUAUCUUAUCUUUUAUAUGGAGAUUGUAAAGGUGCAGUAACCAUGGAAACUAUUCAGAACCAUCAAGAACAGCAACAUUUACCUCAGAUACUAAAAAAAUAAUGAUUCUGUUUGAAUAAAAUUAGACUUUUCAACACUAAGCAUCAACCAGUGAUUCAGUUAGCAUGGUAGCAUCGUAUUGACGAGUGUGAAGUCAGGAAAAUGAUAAAUACCACAGAAACGGGUUGUUUAGUUGGUGAGAAUUUAUAUAACAGCAUCCGCAAUUAAUGAUGCUAAUAUGAGAAGUUAUUAAUAUUAACAUAUAUUAGCAAUAUGAAGAUUAGAAAGUAGCGUUAGUGUUGCGAUUUUUUCACUGUAUGUUAUUACUGCCGUCUGGCCGCACUUCCUCUGUGUGUUUGUAUUUAUAUAUGUAAUGUAUUUGUAUGUUGUUCAGUUUCUACUUCUUUUUUUAUUUCUAUUGAUAUUUUUCUAUAUUUCUGUCUCGACAUUUCUAAAUAUAUGAUAAAUAUGAACUUAUAUUUUCAUUAUGUAAUCUUAUGUGCUUACGGACAUAAGGGACAGAAGGGGCGGAGUUUGGUGUCAUUUCACUUUAUUUUAUUUUUAAAUAGAAGUAUGAAGGACAUCUCAAUCUGAACAUUUCUCUCUCUCUGAGCUAUAGUUUCAUUCUCCAAUAUUAUAUUACAGAGCUAUUAUGUUUUUAUAAUGUAUGUAUCCUGUGUUUUAUUUCAUGUUUGAUCAUCUCAGACCACUGUGAGGAUGUAGAACACACACACACACACACACGGUAGGAAAAGAUGUGUGUAAAUAAAUGUGACGUAUUGUUUAUUAUGCUUAAUGACACACACAUGAUAUAAAAGGCCACUAAAAACCUGUUUUCACAACAAAACACUGUUCUUACCUGUUUCCUGCCUGUUCUUACCUGUUACAAACCUACACACCUUAUUCACUAUGUAGUGCACAUAAACACCAUCAUCAGUCCACUGUGGGUGCGUCCCAAUCUCUUCCCAUUGGGACUGGUUUUAGUUCUAAAGAUGGAACCUGACCACUCUUUGUGUCAUCGUGAUGUUUCUGGUUCUGUUGUUGUGGGUUAUGGAACCUUGUCUUUCGUUCUCGAUUGUUUCCUGCUGUGGUCCACGUACUUGAUUCAGGAAGAAAACACAAAUAAAAACUGUUGUGUUA